CGCAAUUCUAAACACGUUCUUGUUUAGAGAUUGAAUGAUUGAUAACACUCUACCGCUACUAAAGCGACCGAAUACAGAAAUGCAAUGCUAAGACGGAUUAUUUGAUUUUGUAAUUGAAAUAAGCUAAAUCAUUCCAAUUGAAGGUAACACAGGGAAAUGGUUUUGCGUCACAUAUCGACGUGUUGGAGAUUACUGGUAGUUUCAGGGAUAUCUCUCGUCCUGCUGACGUGUUUAUCUGUGCUACCAGUUAUACCAAAUGUAAGAAGAGGGCGUCUAAAAUACGUUGCAGAUUAUAAGAGAGUACGGCAUAGAACUGCUUUUGACAUUCCAUCCAACUGGGACCCAGAUUUAACUGCCACACCAGACAAUAAAUACAAUAGAGGAGAGGAAGUAUGUACGGACAAAUUCACCAGAAAGGACAUUAACUUAACAUUUCUCCUUAAUUUACAUAAAAAUAGUUCCAGGGAAAUCCCAGAGGAAGUUGGCAUUGCUCAAAUUAAGAAGAACGCCAAUUUUACCUUAAUGUCUCAUGAAAAAUAUGUGGAUAUAUUAAAACUGCCAAAAAUCGAAUUCCUGCCAGGGUAUAAGAAUCCAUGUUGGGUAGAGGCCUUAAAAAAGGAUCCGUACUCUAAUGUCCCCAAGACCACGAGUCAUAGGAGAUAUUACAAACGCAUGACAGAAUAUUACAACCAUAGAUAUUUACAAAACAUUCGGUUUCGCUUGCGAUGCCUUCCUUACUACUAUAUUCUUGGCCAACCUAAAUGCGGUACAACAGACGUUUACUUUAAGCUAAAUUUACAUCCGGACGUUGAGAAGGGAAUGGGAAAAGAACUUCAAUGGUGGACGAAGAGAAGAUACGGUCGUGAUGGAUGGACCCAAUCUUUGGCUGAAUAUGUGAAUGUGUUUGAUCGGGCUUCCGUUGAAAUACAACGCAGCUCUAAAAUUGAUAAUACGACACUACAAAUAGUUAGAAACAAAAUAACAGGUGAUGCUUCCGCCUCAACACUCUGGGACAAUGCUCACUGGGAUAGCUAUCAUGGGAACGCAGGCCGAGAAGACCCUUUUUAUUUAACUCCACAAUUCUUACAUCAUCUUCAGCCAGAUGCAAAAUUCAUCGUUAGUCUUCGUAACCCUACACUUAGGUUAUACUCCGAUUACCUCUUCUUUUCAUCGGCGGCGGAAAAAUCAGCUAAAGAUUUCCACGUGAAAGUCGUGAAGGCCAUAAAUGCAUUCAAAACAUGCACUGAACACUUCCCAGAAAGAGCAUGUGUCUACAAUAGCACAUUUGCGACAUAUGACGAUGAUGGUGAACUGACCUAUUAUACAGAACCAGUAAGAGGAAGAGGAAGAGUUCGUUUAAGAAUUGGAUUGUACGUGGUAUUUAUCAGAGACUGGUUAGCUGUCUUCAAGAAGAAACAGUUUAUGAUUAUUAAGCUGGAGGAAAGGUCGGAGAAUGAUAAGGGGGUGAUCGAAAAGAUAUUAGAAUUUCUCGAGAUGCGCAAAUUGACUCCACUCGAGGAACAGGUCCUUAAAGUGCAAGCACCCGCCAACACAAGACGGAAGGAAGAUGUUGAGAUGGGCCCGAUGUUCGAAUCCACUGCGAAAUUAUUAGACGAUUUCUACAAACCAUACAAUGACCAACUUAUUGAAUUACUAGAUGAUGAUCGUUUUAAUUGGACUACACAUAUUUGA